CCAAACUAAGGAUUAUCUCAGGAAUAAGUUAAAUAAAAUAAACUAUCUAUCCUCAAAAGACGAACAACAAUCUGAAUUAAAUCAAUUAGUUGAAGUUAACCAGAUUUUAUUAAAGAAUAUUAUACAAGGUCAAUUAAAUAAUAAUAAUUAUAAGUUAAGGUUCACUAAUCAUACUGAAUUGGGUGAUAACUCUACGAUAACAAAACCUGCACCUUCCUUAGAAACAAUUAAAUCAUCCAAGAAAUGAUCAAAAGUUUAAAAUAUUAUACGAUUAAAUGCAUUUUAAAUUAUAUAAACUCUUUGGAUAACAUAGGUGAUGUCCCUUAUAGCUUAAUUAAAGACAUCCUCUUCAAGUGUCAUCACAACCAAUUGCUGAAAAUUGAAGAAAAUUCUCCUGAAUUGAUCAAAUAUGACGAUGAAAUUUGGUUUCAAUUGUUUAAAUCAACUUUUAUUAAACAAUUCCAAGAUCUAACUCAACCUCCAAGCAGCUGGAGAGAUUUAUUCUUGCAAGAACAAACGAAUCAAUUGAAUAAACUCAAUAAAGCGUCAAAUAAUUUAAAACUUAAUCAGAAACAAUUAGAGUUAGACAAAUUAAACAAACAGACUAUCAUAACUAACAAUCUUCUACCUCCAAAGUCAAAAAGAUCUUCGUCUUCUUUAUACCAGAAAUCUAAACAAGAGGCGAGAAUGUCAAUCUCAGGCAGAAACGCUAGAUUUCUUAAACCAUUUAAAAGGAAUCUUACUCCUCAACAACCUGCUAAACCAGUCAUAUCAUCCUUCUCGAAAGCUAAACAAACGAAAGCUCCAGUAAUCUCAACCUCAGUGAAGGUAGCUAACUCAGUUGCUGCACGAAAUACACAAUCGUCAUCAAUAUCAACUCCAACAAAGUCUCAACACAAUCAACACCCUCAACAAAUUCAACAGAACAAUCAAUCUGCUCAAUCAAAGUCAAUUUUUUUACCAAAAAAGAGAAAAAAGUAGCAUUAAAACUCAUAAUGCUUUCUUAAUGCUUUUCUUUGUCAAUUGUAAUAUUAUAAACGCAUUGUACCC